AUGUCGAUCAUCUCUGUGAUAAAGAAGUUAUUGCUGAAGAAAAAUUGUAAGUUUUUAAAAUGUAAAUUUCGUUUUUUUUGCGUAUUUUAGAUAUUGCAAUGAUUUUUGCGAUUGCACGGUGCAGGCAAUAAAACUUUGGCUAAAUAGGUCGCAAAACUUCAAAACAUUUAAAAUUUUACUUUUUAAUAGUAUUGUUGUUUGAAAAAUUAGAUUUUAGACACAAAAACAUAGUUAUUUUCUGUUAUAAUGUAAAAUCGUCGAUUUACGGUACGUUUAGGCACCUUAUCGUUGCUGGAAUCGCCUUCAGAAGCCCUGAUUUCCGACAAAACUUCGAAUUUGAGGCUACAAAGAGAGUUUCUUUCUCGUGUUAAUAAUGGAAGAACGAUGAAGAUCAAAAAAGUCAAAGUAGCCGAACCCUUACUAUCGAAUUCGUUUAGGUUACAUUGGCUUUAA